AUGUGGUCCGUCUCGGGGACCCCAUCCAGGAAGACGGCAGUGACCAGCUCAGCUGGGUUUGCUGGUAAUGGCUUUCAUACUUCGCUGCCAAGUCAUUGUUUGACCGCCUCUGGCUCUCUUCCACGUGGUUGUGGGAAAAGAGCCCUUCGAGGAAUUCGGUCGACUGGCGUAUACAGCACGUGGCCAAGCCAGAGCAAUCUAUGCAGUGUGACCAGUUCAUCUGUCGAGGUGACAAUGUCUUAUGAUAUCCAGUGGUCUCCAAAUGAUAUUAACAAGAAACGAAAUACAGUUCAGCGUAUCGAUCCUUGGAAUAUGGAGAAACGUCGUCCCAUCCCAGGCGCAGCUGCCGUGGAUCCCAGCGUUCCACCUCCAUCCAUGCAGAGUGCUAGACUUGUCACUGUGCAUACAUGCCCCCAACUGAAAAACGCUGGCGCUUCGUCCGAGGUAGUUGUAUGCGAACGAUCAGUCUGUGAUUUGGGGACACAAGAGUCCACUUCGUCCUUUGCAUGGUUAUCAAAAAGCUCUUUCAUAGCUGGGAUGUCUGGUUUAUACCUAAAAGUCUUUGAUCUGUCGGACCCGUCGAAGCCUUGUCAAGUUGUUCCAACUAGAGCGGUGAAUGGACUCACGGUUGAUCCGUCAUGCAACACGAGACUAGCUUCCUUCUUUGAAUCCCAAGUAUCUAUUUGGAAGUUGGACAGUUUGGAAAAACCAGUCUACACCUUUAAUUACUCUUCUCCUGUGUUGCAAGUCAAAUGGAGCCCAGUCAGAGAAGGUUGGCUUGGCGUACUGCUGGAGGAUUCUUUUUCAGUCGCACUGUAUGACACCUAUCCAAUGUACCUGCAAUCGGUUGAAGAAUCAGAACAAGUCAUGUUUGAACGCCUUGUAUUUCCGUCUGGUGGACCAAACACCGCCGUUAUGUCUUUCAGUUGGCAUCCAACCAUCCCCGACUGUUUAAUAACACUGGAUCGAGAUGGAUGCCUCGACGUCGCGCAACUGGUAGAACGGACAACGAUUACCUGGUCGACGGAAAAUGAAUUGACCUGGACCUACAGGGGACACUGGACAACUUGUGGUCCCAACGGAAUCAAGUCGAGUCGACCCCCGGAACCUAAUUCCAACUCAACCCAACAGUCCGAAAAGAUCGCCUUCGAAUACUCGGCUUAUGCACAAUCGGAGGAUCCUGAUCCUGUGACCGCUUCUCACACCCCUGCUAAUCUGACCUUAGGUCCUUACGUUAUGAAUGAUAUAGCCCAUGUGAUGCGUUUUCGCGCGGAAUCGGGUUACGGCACUGCGAAAGACAUCUCUUCUUACAUCGGUCUGUCAGGAGAUGCCACCCAACUUCGAACACUAUGGGUGUGGAUCAAAUAUAUUCAGGAUUAUUUUCCCGAAUUUGGUGCCCGAUAUCGAUCUGAGACCGACUGCGGAUCUGCUGGGCGUUCAAACGGUUUCAAAGAGUCAACCCUACGUGCACGAAGUUUCUUACGUUACGCUGGUGCUUUGGCCAUUCUGUCUGGCGAAUGCAGCCCUUCCGGAACACCGACCCCGAGCGAAGUGUUAUCCUGCUCCGAUUGGGAAGGACUGGAUACACAACUUCCUUUCCCUCGAUAUCGCAGCCCAGAAAGGUCUCACGUUCUCCGAUUGUGCAUGUGGCGUCUCGACGACACGGUCGACGUUCAGCGACGUGUAUUUGAAAGCGUGUGUGCUGAAGGUGAAUACGGACGUGCUGCGACAAUGGCCUUGAUAAAUUUAAAGUUCAACUGGGCACUGAGCUUCUUGAACCGUGCAUCAACAGCACUCCAUCUGCCUCCAUCAGGACCGAGUGUGAGCAGACACGUGAGAAGCGAGACCUUGGCAAAUGAAGAAAUUGGACUCGUUGCCCUGGCUCUGGCGGGAUUCACUGGUUCUCAGAACGAGCUGUGGCGAGCAACUUGUGCCAACAUGUUGAGUCGUUUAGAGAACAGUUACUUACGUGUGAUGUUCACUUUCUUGACAAGGCAAGGUGGAGACUUUGAUCCCAUACUGAAAAGCGAAGAUCUUCGUCUGAGUGACCGCCUUGCGUUUGCAUGCCUUUAUCUCAACGAUACCGAGCUUCUGACCUUCGUCCGGUCAUCUUGUGAACGUAUGAUCCAGGCUGGGCGGUUGGAGGCUGUCCUUCUGACGGGUAUCUCAUCAACUGAAUUCGUUUCACUUAUUCAGAGCUACGUGGAUGUGACAGGGGAUGUCCAAACAGCAGCCAUUGUGGGUCUUCAAGCGUGUCAAAUGUGCAUCUCUAGUGCUUCACAUGGUGCCACGACUCAGAGUGAAAGUGGAGGACGCCGAAAAUCUGAUCUUCCAGCCAGAUCAUCAGGCGGUUCCGAAGAGAAACGAAGUGUCGGCCCGAGUGUUCGUGCAUCGGCGAUGGAACAUGAGGUUCCACCUUUGAUUAAAUCGGGUGGACCGCGACUGACUGCUUGGGUUAAUUGUUAUCGUGAGCUUCUCGACCGUUGGCGAAUGUGGUUCUACCGUGCAGAUUUUGACGUGGCGAACAAGGUAUAUUUGUUGUUUGAUUACAUAACUACCGUGGCAAGUACCAAGCCAAUAACCGCUCCGUCUGCCUUGGGAUUGGGUUCAGCACAGUCACCCAAUGGGUCUACGACGACCGGCGGUGACAAACCAUCCGUCGGAACGGAAUCGGCGUCAGCCCUGCUCAGCUCCUCUAUGUCCCGCCCCUCACAGCGCACCCGAAAUAUUAGCCUAUUGACACCAGUAAAUCAGGUUUUCGUCGCCUGUGGGUUUUGCGGUUGGCGCCUUGGACCGCAGAAUAGACCCAGCUUGUCUUCGGUCGGGAACCCUACAAGCUCAACUGUGACAGUCCAAGGUACCGGUACGAGCCCAUCGGACGACACCAUUGCAACUACUACUACGACCUCAUCUUCGAGAAAUCUUCAGAUGCAUGGUGGUGGGGGGAAACACACCAUUUGUCAACGAUGCCGAAAACCUCUACCCCGUUGUUCCAUCUGUCUGAUGCACCUGGGCACAGUCGCCCUACCUCUGACGGACUCGAAUUGGUUUACGCCAACACGCGAAGAGGCCUUGAAACGUUCGGCUAUUGCUGCAGUCCCAUCUCUGUCGGAGAACAUGGCACGCGUGAUGCAGCUGAGUAUUAUUGGCGCCACCGGACUAGAAGUGAUGAACAACCGUGGUGACGAUGUGAAGGCGCAUGCAACACGAAAGCGAACCACAUCUGAUAUUUCUACCGCCAUGGCCAGCCUAUUCAUCUGGUGUCAAGCCUGUCGACACGGAGGACACGCUAGUCAUCUGGUUGAAUGGUUUUAUGGUUGUGCGUCCUCCUCAGCUGACGUUGAGCCACAUCCUCAAUGUCCUGUCAGUGGAUGCCAGUGUCGGUGUGCCAGUUUGGAUUCCCUCCGACCCGUCGCAGCGGCACGCGUUCCUUCACGAUCAUUUGACAUCGAUUUGGCCCUGGAAAACGAGGAUCAGCCUAUAUCAUCCACAGAGGAGGAGGGGGAGGAAAGUGAUGUGGAUCCAAUUGGUUUAGAUGACCUUAUACUUCAAAGCUCUUCCAACCGUGUUCCUGAUCCAAUUGAUGGCCAACUACACCUCAUAAAACCAAUUGAUAUGGAGAUAUCCACAUUAACUAGUAAAUCUACUCAUUGAAUAGGCCCUCUGAAAACAGUUUUUUCGCCGUUCAGAUCUGAUUCAGUUAUCUUUCUCUUCCAUUGUUCAAUCUUGG